AGGAGAUAAAAGGGAGGGUGUGUGUGUGACUGUGUGUUGGUGAAAGAGAGAGAGUUAGAGAGAGAGAGAGAGAGAGAGAGAGAGAGGAGGGAGGAGGAAAAGAGGCAGGGAGGCAGCAGCAGAAGCCAGAUAGUGACGGAGAGUGAAAGGAUAACCGAGAGGAACGUCAGAACCAGAUCCUGAGCGAGAAGCAGACAGACGUAAAGAGAGUGAUACAGAUAGCAUUCCAAGAGCUGAUCCAUGAUUGAAGCCAUGCCGGUCCUCUCAGCAGGUGCAGGGCUGCACGAGACGCUGGCCCUGCUCACCUCUCAGCUGCGUCCUGAUGCUAAUCACAAGGAGGACAUGGUCUUCCUUAGAGAUGUUUUCAGUGAAAGGAGCCUGACUUACUUAAUGAAGAUCCAUGAGAAGCUGCGUCAGUAUGAAAGGCAGAGCCCAACACCGGUGCUCCACAGCGCCUCCUCUCUGGCUGAAGAUGUAGCUGAGGAGCUGCAGAGCGGCCCCAUGAGUAUCGAGGAGAAAGAGCUGCUGCACUUGUUGACGUCACCACACUUACGGGCGCUGUUGUCCGUUCACGACACUGUGGCGCAGAAGAACUUUGACCCCGUGCUGCCUCCACUUCCUGAUGACUUCGAGGAAGAGUUGGAGGAAGAGUCGGUCAAGAUCGUGCGUCUGGUCAAGAACAAAGAACCGCUGGGGGCCACCAUUCGGCGUGAUGAGUCUACAGGAGCCGUCAUCGUAGCACGCAUUAUGAAAGGCGGUGCUGCUGACAGGAGUGGUCUGGUGCAUGUAGGUGAUGAACUUAGAGAAGUGAACGGCAUCUCUGUAAUGCACAAGAGACCAGACGAGAUCAGCCAACUAUUGUCUCAGUCUCAAGGUUCCAUCACGUUAAAAAUCAUCCCUGCUGUUAAAGAAGAGGACCGUCUGAAAGAGAGCAGGGUCUUCAUGCGGGCGCUGUUCGAUUACAUCCCGUUAGAGGACAAGGCCACGCCCUGUCAGGAGGCGGGGCUGCCAUUUAAGCGUGGGGACAUCCUACAGGUGGUGAGUCAGGAUGACGCCACCUGGUGGCAGGCCAAGAGAGUCGGGGACAGUAACCUGCGUGCUGGACUCAUCCCGUCCAAACAGUUCCAGGAGAGACGGUUGGCCUACAGACACAAAAUGGGCAGUUUACCAAAUUCCAAAUCCACCAAACAAACUGCAUACGACCAGGGAUGUGAAAAAGAGGACUGUGACUGUGAGGGCUAUUUCAAUGGACACUACAUAGUCUCUUCGAAGUGUAAAGCGAUGGUGCCCUCCUGUGGCCAGGUGUUUUCCUGGGACUUUUAUACAGCUGGUCUGAGAAGGAGUUUCCGUCUGAGCCGUAAGGACCGGCGGAGUUCGUCAGGGGAGGCCAACGUGUCUGACCUCGCCGAACCCGAGCUGCUCACCUACGAGGAAGUGACACGAUACCAACAGCGACCCAGUGAGAGACCUCGGCUUGUGGUGCUCAUCGGGUCUCUCGGAGCCAGAAUUAAUGAGCUGAAGCAGAAAUUAAUAGCAGAAAACCCCCAUCGCUACGCUGUGGCUGUGCCACACACGACGCGGCCCAGGAAGAGCCAUGAGAAGGAAGGGGUCGAGUAUCACUUUGUCUCCAAGCAGGCCUUCGAAGCUGAUGCUCAGAACAACAAGUUUAUCGAAUACGGAGAAUAUAAGGACAACCAGUACGGCACGAGUAUAGAGGCCAUCCGCUCUGUCCAAGCCAAGAACAAGAUGUGUCUGGUGGACGUGCAGCCUGAGGCGUUACACACCCUGAGGACCGCCGAGUUUAAACCUUACGUCAUCUUCGUGAAACCUCGGAUCCCCGAGGGUCGGAGACGUCGCAGUGCUUCUUCUCCAGCAGCAGGAGAACACGGGAGACUCACGGAGGAGGAUCUGCAGGAGAUGCGUCAGUCGGUGCAGCAGAUCGAGCAGGAGUACGGCCACCUGGUGGAUCACGUCCUGAUUAAAGAGGACACUGCGAGUGCUUGUGCAGAACUGCGCAUCAUCCUCGAGCGUCUGGAGAGGGAGGCCUUCUGGGUACCAAUCAACUGGGUCAGGAACUAAAAACAUUCCAGCAUCCCAAAACAGGACAUCAUCGGACACUGGACUUCUGUUCUUCACAAAAGAGCGUAACCGAGGACCGGAGACGGACAAGCUGGGACUCGUCCUGGAGAAGACGAAUAAAAAUGAUCAUCCCUUAAAGACUGAUAGACUUGGGGCAUUCAAAAAAAAACAAAAGAAAAGAAAAGAAAAAAAGUCUAUAUCUUGUAAUAUGCACACACAGUAUGGACUAUAUUUAUUAUACAUAUGCACCAUGGCUGCUUCUUUUUUGAAUUACUUUAUUUAAAUGAUCAUGAAAUUAUUUUAUUAACCACUUUUGGUAUUUUAUAUUCUAUCAUGCACUGUGUCAAAACAUAUUACAUACAGCACACCCCCCAGUGUAGAUGAUAUCACUUUCCCGGAUUACUUAGUGCACUCGUUUAUAGUGACUGCUAAAACUGAUCACGUGACAUCCCCCGAAUUGUAAACUCUGACAUAUUGAUUAGGAAAAAAAUGCCAUUUCUUGCAGUUUUGAUGAAAUACAUUCGGCACACAUUUUAGUGAUAUGAUACGUGUUAUAAAUAUGCAUUGUAGCUCCAUCAGGACGUAAAGGAUAAACGUCAAACUAGUGCACCUACAGUGUAGACGUGGAUAAAAUGAAGCGUACAUAUGUGGAAACAUUUUCACAAGUAAAUGGUCAAAUUGUGUAUGUUAAGAUAUUAAUUGUGGACAAAUGAAAGGGAAAAACUGAAUGUGAUAGACAGUAAAUGUUCUGUAAUACCUCGUGACUGCCUACAAGCGUUGCAUUUCUCCACCUAGGAACCAUAGGGGAUGCAAACUUUUGCACUCAGUUUGUAAUGUAAAGUGUCAUUGUAAAAUUGAAAUCUUCUUCAUCAGCCAUCUUUUUAAAAUGAAGAUCGAUCUGAGGAACUGGAAAUAUACAGUUGAAUGAAUGUCCAGUUGUUUUAACAUUAUGAACCUUUCCUGCAGCAUAUUAAACACAUGUGGAA